GUCUCCCUCUCCGUAGGGUUUGGUGUAUCCCGUCGUUCACGUGCGGGUUCUCCCUCUCCGUAGGGCUUGGGCAUCGAGAUCGAAGGAGGAUGAUUGCAGAUGGAGAUGGCUGGCAUCGAGAUCGAAGGAGGACGAUUGCAGGGGAUUGACAAUCAUCGAAGUGAGGCUAUAACGAUGGGCAAAUUCCAAGAGCAGAUCAGCGGUGAACAAAAGGACAAGAACGAGGCGAUUGAUGAUGAUGAAGAAGAGGCGGUCGAGUCGGAGGAAAAUCGCAUUGGUGCGACAACAAUCGUUGUGAUGGCCCGGCCUCCUCCAGAACCACCGCCAAGGGUUGAUCGACGCGUUUUAGAGUUUGCUUAUUUAUUUUUUCUGCAUUUUAAUUUCAACGUUAAGACGUUUGUGUUUGGUUGUUGUUUUAUUUUAUGCUGUAAGACUUUUGCACUUGGUUUGGGGGAUGAGAGGCCUGCGGUAAUCGUCGUUGGCUUUAAUUUGCCCAAGUUAGGUCUAGUGCCUGCUUUGCCAAAGGUGAUUAACUCAGGGUCUCGGCCAAGGGCGGAUGGUUACAUGUGGUCCUUUCGCUAUCUUUCACCCCGACUGAAUGUUAUUUUAUCAAUAUAAGCAUCCCUUGAUAAAAAAAUCAAUGAAUCUUAAUAUUAGCAUUUGGAUCUCUUAAGAUUUUGGGCCUAAAAAUCUCACAAAAGAUGAAAUUCCG